AUGAUUCUUGGCGUGCAAUUAAUUAGCGGCAAACAUCGCGACUACUACCACGACAAUCGUCACGAUAUAUUUGACGGACCCAACAGUCCGGAUGACCACGAGCUGCACCACUAUCUACUCGCUAAUAAUUUUCAGGACAGUAAUCACCGCAAACGGGUCCACAAACUGACCAUUGAGACAAAGGGCUACGCGUAUCAAACCAUUGAGUUGUCUCGCAAACGCAGAGAUACUAAUAGCACGAGUGAUACGACAGCAAAGCCAGUGGCGGCGGCGGCGGUGCCGGCACUGACCGCUCCGGCAGCGACUGCCGUUCAACCCGUGGCCACAAAUGCUGUCCGCACGGGUCGGACGUAUGGCAACAAUCAAAUGAAUCGACGCUCGUAUAACAUGACCCGUACCCGCACGUGGAGACGGGCUAAUGUCACCCGAACCGCCAGGUUAUAC